CAGCUGUCUGUAGGGAGAGAGAGCGAGCCUCCUAGCAUGUCUCCACCCAACCAGUCAGUAGAAGGCCUUCUGCAGGAGGUCUCCAACAGAUCCCUGAACACGACGGGAACCCCAGAGGCUUGGGAUCCAGGGACCCUCCAGGCACUGAAGAUCUCCCUGGCCGUGGUCCUGUCCAUCAUCACCCUGGCCACUGUCCUCUCCAACGCCUUUGUUCUGACCACCAUCUUGCUCACCAGGAAGCUCCACACUCCAGCCAAUUAUCUCAUUGGCUCCUUGGCCACCACCGACCUCCUGGUUUCCAUCUUGGUCAUGCCCAUCAGUAUUGCCUACACUACCACUCACACUUGGAACUUCGGCCAAGUCCUCUGUGACAUCUGGGUGUCUUCUGACAUGACGUGCUGCACAGCCUCCAUCCUGCAUCUCUGUGUCAUCGCUCUGGAUAGAUACUGGGCCAUCACAGACGCCCUGGAGUACAGCAAGCGCAGGACGGCAGGCCACGCAGCCUUGAUGAUCGCCGUGGUCUGGGUCAUCUCCAUCUGUAUCUCCAUCCCACCGCUCUUCUGGAGGCAGGCUAAGGCUCAGGAGGAGAUCUCAGACUGCCUGGUGAAUACCUCCCAGAUCUCCUACACCAUCUACUCCACCUGUGGGGCCUUCUACAUCCCAUCCCUCUUGCUCAUCAUCCUCUAUGGCCGAAUCUACGUGGUGGCCCGGAGCCGAAUCCUGAAUCCGCCCUCUCUCUAUGGGAAGCGCUUCACCACGGCCCAUCUCAUCACAGGCUCUGCGGGGUCUUCCCUCUGCUCACUCAAUCCCAGUCUCCACGAAGGCCACUCACACACAGCUGGCUCUCCUCUCUUUUUCAACCACGUGAAAAUCAAGCUGGCUGAUAGCAUCCUGGAACGCAAGAGGAUCUCUGCUGCUCGGGAACGGAAAGCCACGAAGACCCUGGGGAUCAUUCUGGGAGCUUUUAUCUUCUGCUGGCUGCCCUUCUUUGUGGCAUCCUUGGUCCUACCCAUCUGCAGGGACUCCUGCUGGAUCCACCCGGUUCUCUUUGACUUCUUUACUUGGCUAGGCUAUUUAAACUCCCUCAUCAAUCCUAUAAUCUAUACUGUGUUCAAUGAAGACUUCCGGCAAGCAUUUCAGAAGGUUGUUCAUUUCCGGAAAGCCUCUUAGUCUUAUUUUGU